AGGAAAACGAAAGUUAAAAUCUUCUUCAUGACGUAGUUUCAAUAUGAUCCGACUCCUAAGCGAAGUCGCUUCUUCCCACUACGAUUUUUCAAGUAUAUAGAUGAUAACCACCCUGGAUUGGUUUGGCUUAAUUUCAGAGGUUUUAAGGAUUCAACCUACCUAGCUUAUCAUUUUCAAUAGCACAUUCAAUGUCAUGGCAAACGAAAACGUCUCUCAUCUCGAUUCUGUUGAUGAUUUCUUCACCUCUGCGCUCCUUAUCCUCGAUAACGAAGAAAAUCAGGAAGACGUCUUUUCACUAUACGCCGAGGAGCUGCAGCUCCAGGAGACCCUAAUGGGUUCUGUGAUCGUUUCUCAAAGGCAGAUGGGUAACCCAUCAUCGGCUUUGAUGAUUGAACCACCACGAGAGCACAAUCUCGAGGAAGCUGGUCAGUCCUCCUCCCUCAGUUUCUGCGAUAUUUGUACGGAAAUGAAAGAAAGUAAUCGAAUGUUCGCAACUGAGAGAUGUGCUCACUCUUACUGUUCCGAGUGUAUAAGCAAACAUGUGGCUGCAAAGAUUGAAGAUAAUAUUACAAAAGUUACUUGUCCUGGAUUGAAUUGUGAGGCAGUGCUUGAAUUGGAGACUUGCAGGGUUAAGCUCUCCAAUAAAGUGAUUGAUCUUUGGGAAGAAGCGCUCUGCAAGGAGCUAAUCAGUGCAUCUCAGAGGUUUUAUUGCCCAUUUAGGGAUUGUUCAGCCAUGAUGGUAGCCGAUAGUGAAGGAGAAUCUAUUAAGGAAGCUGAGUGCCCCUUCUGCCAUAGAUCGUUCUGUGCUUGGUGUUGUGUCCCUUGGCAUUCUGGGGUUGAGUGUGAGGUGUUUCAGAAGCUGAAUGAAGAUGAAAGAGGACGAGAAGAUCUGAUGGUGAUGGAAAUUGCUAAGGAAAAGAAAUGGAGUAGAUGCCCCAAUUGCAAAUUCUACGUUGAAAGAACAGAAGGCUGCCCACAUAUUACUUGCAGGUGCAGUUUCCAGUUCUGCUAUGGAUGCGAAUCGGAGUGGACCGAAACUCAUGGCGGUUGCCGGAGAGAAUAAUUAAGUUGGGUGGAGAGUGGUAUGCAUUUACAAUAAUAUACAGCACAGCUGGAAACCUUUCCUCAAAGGAUGUGUGUGAAGAAAGUAGUAUGCUAUGUGUUAACCUAAGGCCUAUGAUAGUCUCUUUAUUUUCAUUUAUGCAAGUUUAUGAGUCAAGUCUAGAACUGAGUUCUGGGUAUUUGAUGCAAUUCAUUUUUCACAUUUUUACUGUGAUUUAAGUGUCUAUAUCUUUACUUUUGAUGUUCUAAUAUGAUGUUUUUGAUCAAG